GCCCCAAUCAAUUCUCCUCCAUUGCGUCUCCAUAUGGACAAUUCAGUAGCUUCUGUCGCCACUCAAAAUGGCCGUGAAGACACCAACAAAUUCUUCACCGCCCAUCACAAACCCUCCAAGGGUGGCUGGGCUGCCGCCAUUUUUAUCAUCUUCGUCGAGAUGGCUGAGCGCUUCGCCUUCUAUGGGUUGGGAGGAAAUCUCAUGAAUUACCUCACAAAUGUUCGCGGUGAACCAAAUGCCACUGCCGCAAAGAAUGUCAAUACUUGGUCUGGAGUCUCCGCCCUCUUACCUUUGUUUGGCGCCUUCAUCGCCGACUCUUACCUUGGUCGCUUCAAGACCAUCCUUUUCUCUUCUGUUAUCUAUUUCAUGGGGAUGAUUUUAUUGGUCUUAUCAGUCUCCGUAAUUGAUGACCAUAAAUCUGUGUUUUUCAUAGCGCUUUACAUACUAGCAAUUGCUGAAGGUGGGCACAAGCCUUGCGUGCAAACCUUCGCUGCCGAUCAGUUUGAUGACAACAACCCGGAAGAGAGAGCCGCCAAAAGCUCUUUCUUCAACUGGUGGUUCUUAGGGAUAGUCACCGGUGCCUCUGCUGCAAUAGUGGUCAUCAUUUACAUCCAGGAAAAUGUUGGGUGGGCAGCAGGGUUUGGAGUAUUGGCAGGGAUAUUGGCAAUGGCAUUAAUAUUGUUCUUGGUUGGAUUUAAGAAGUACAGGAUCGAUAAGAAGAGGACGGAGGGGAGCCCGUUUACCAAGGUGGUCCAGGUGAUUGUCGCAGCGGCACGGAAGUGGCGACUGAGUGAGACGCGUGGUGGCCGUGGUGUUUGCUAUGAAGAUAAUGAUGGAAAGAAGUUGAGACAAUCCAGAGGAAGAAAUAUUGAACGUACUAAUCAACUUAGAUUUUUGGAAAAGGCAAUGAUCAUUGACGAUGUCGACUGCUUGAGCAAACAAAGGAAUCCAUGGAGGCUAUGCUCACAAAACCAAGUGGAACAAGUAAAAUUGGUAAUUCGCCUCAUCCCCAUAUGGAUAAGUUGCAUAAUGUUCUUUGCUGUCCAACAACAAAUCCAUACAUUUGUGACAAAGCAAGGUGGCACAGUAAAUAGAUCAAUUGGAUCUCACCUUCAAAUCCCCCCAGCUGCUCUUCAAAGCCUCGUAGGCAUCGCCAUCCUCGUCACCAUCCCCAUUUACGAUCGAAUUUUCGUUCCUCUAGCCUGGAAAUUCACUGGACUUCCCUCCGGAAUAACCAUGCUACAAAGAAUUGGCGUAGGCUUGUUUUUAUCCAUACUUAACAUGAGUGUAGCAGCAAUUGUAGAGGUCAAAAGACUCAACAUUGCAAGAGAAAAUGGCCUCAUGGACUCACCCAAAGCAACAUUGCCAAUGAGUCUUUGGUGGCUAGUCCCUCAAUAUAUGAUUUGUGGAAUCUCCGAUGCCUUCGCCACCGUCGGAUUGCAAGAAUUGUUCUAUGAUCAAAUGCCGGAAGAAAUGAGAAGCAUGGGGGCUGCAGCUUGUAUUUCUAUAGUUGGAGUUGGGAACUUUAUUAACACGGCUAUCAUAUCAAUUGUUCAGGAUAUAAGUUCAAGAAAUGGUGGACAUAAAUGGAUUGGUAACAAUCUUAAUCGGUCACAUCUUGAUUAUUUUUAUUGGACAAUGGCAGGGUUGAGUGCUUUGAAUUUCUGUGCUUAUGUGUGGAUUGCCAAGGCAUAUGUGUACAAAAACGUUGUUGAGGAUGAAGCAAAGGAGGACAAAGAAUUGACGAAUUUCUAUGAUCUGCCAACUGGGGAGAUGAAAUCACAGGACCAUGUAUAAUGUACUUACGACCUGGCUAUAUAUCUAGCAGUUAUAAAAGUUUUAAUA